UGCUAGGGGUCUGGAUUGGAGUUACGCACAGACCGGACCCUACCGUAUAUGAGUGGAGUCUGAGGAGAAACAGGAUUCCCCUACCACAAAGAAUCUACAUGUCUAAUAUUUAGACAUGUUCAGCUUUGUGGAUAUUCGGAUAGCGCUGCUGCUCAGCGCAGCGGUGCUUUUGGCGAGAGGACAAGGCGAGGAUGAUAACCCACUCGGCAGCUGCACAUCCGAUGGACAGUUUUACAACGAUAAGGAUGUAUGGAAACCCGAGCCCUGCCAGAUUUGUGUGUGUGACAGCGGAAGCGUUUUGUGCGACGAUGUGAUCUGCGAAGACAGCUACGACUGCGAAGACCCAAUCAUCCCCGAGGGAGAGUGCUGCCCCAUCUGCCCCGAUGGACCCAUUACUGAAGUUCCUGAAAUCCCAGGUGAGCGUGGACCUAAAGGAGACCCGGGUCCCCCUGGUCCUCCUGGAAAUGACGGUAUUGACGGACAGCCCGGUCUCCCAGGACCUCCCGGACCUCCUGGCGCCCCUGGCCUCGGUGGAAACUACUCUCCUCAAAUGUCCUAUACUGACCACUCCAAAUCCAGCGGCCCUCCUCAGCCUGGUCCCAUGGGUCCCAUGGGUCCCCGUGGCCCCCCUGGACCUCCUGGAAACUCUGGUCCCCAAGGUUUCACUGGCCCCCCUGGUGAGCCUGGUGAGCCCGGUGCUGCUGGUCCCAUGGGUUCACGUGGUCCUGCUGGUCCUCCUGGAAAGAACGGAGAUGAUGGUGAGCCUGGCAAACCUGGUCGCCCUGGUGAGCGUGGACCUGCUGGCCCCCAGGGUGCCCGUGGAUUCCCCGGAACUCCUGGACUUCCCGGCAUCAAGGGACACAGAGGUUUCCCCGGUCUAGAUGGAGCUAAGGGAGAUUCUGGACCUGCUGGACCCAAGGGAGAGCCUGGUACUCCUGGUGACAAUGGUAUCCCCGGUGCUAUGGGUGCUCGUGGUCUCCCCGGUGAGAGAGGCCGCCCUGGACCCCCUGGCCCCUCUGGUGCUCGUGGUAACGAUGGCAACACCGGCCCUGCUGGACCUCCUGGACCCACCGGCCCUUCUGGUCCUCCUGGAUUCCCUGGUGGUGCUGGAGCUAAGGGAGAGACUGGUCCUCAGGGAGCUCGUGGUGCUGAGGGACCCCAGGGUGCUCGCGGAGAGGCUGGUAACCCUGGACCUGCUGGACCUGCCGGAGCUGCUGGCAACCCUGGAUCUGAUGGUUCCCCUGGUGCUAAAGGAUCUCCUGGUCCCGCUGGAAUUGCUGGUGCUCCUGGUUUCCCCGGAGCUCGUGGUCCCGCCGGAGGCCAGGGAGCUAUUGGUGCCCCUGGUGCCAAAGGAAACAAUGGUGAGCCAGGUCUUACCGGUGCCAGGGGAGAGCCCGGUGCCAAGGGAGAGCCUGGCCCAGCCGGUAUCCAGGGACUGCCUGGACCCAGCGGUGAGGAGGGAAAGAGAGGAGCUCGUGGAGAGCCUGGUGGUGCUGGAGCCCGCGGACCCCCCGGAGAGCGCGGUGCCCCUGGUGCUCGUGGUUUCCCUGGUGCUGAUGGUGCUGCUGGAGGCAAAGGUGCCCCUGGUGAGCGUGGUGCCCCUGGACCCUUGGGUGCUCAGGGAGCCACUGGUGAAGCUGGUAGCCCUGGAGCUCCUGGUGCCCCCGGAUCUAAGGGUGUGACUGGUAGCCCUGGAACACCUGGCUCUGAUGGCAAAGUUGGACCUGCUGGUGCCCCUGGACAAGAUGGCCGUCCUGGCCCCCCUGGACCCUCUGGAUCCAGAGGACAACCCGGAGUCAUGGGAUUCCCCGGACCCAAGGGAACCAAUGGUGAGCCUGGCAAACCUGGUGAGAGAGGCCCUGCUGGUGCUUCUGGCGCUGUUGGUGCCGCCGGCAAAGAUGGAGAUGUUGGUGCUCCUGGACCUUCUGGCCCCGCUGGACCUGCUGGAGAGAAGGGAGAGGCAGGACCUGCUGGAGCCCCUGGAUUCCAGGGUCUCCCUGGACCCCAAGGAGCAACUGGUGAGACCGGCAAACCCGGAGAGCAGGGUGUUCCUGGUGAGGUUGGUCCUCCUGGCCCAUCUGGACCCAGAGGAGAGAGAGGAUUCCCUGGUGAGCGUGGAGGUCCUGGAGCUGGUGGUCCCACUGGCGCUCGUGGCUCUCCUGGUACUCCUGGAAACGAUGGUGCCAAGGGAGAGCCUGGUCCUGCUGGUGCCCCUGGUGCUGCUGGUGCCCCCGGUAUGCAGGGUAUGCCCGGAGAGAGAGGAGCUGGAGGUAUCCCCGGAGCCAAGGGAGAGAGAGGCGAUGGUGGUCCCAAAGGAGCUGAUGGUGCCCCUGGUAAAGAUGGUGCUCGUGGUCUGACUGGUGCCAUUGGAGUGCCUGGACCUCCUGGUGCUCAGGGUGAGAAGGGAGAGCCUGGUGCUGUUGGCGUUGCUGGACCCACUGGACCUCGUGGAUCUCCUGGUGAGCGUGGAGAGACUGGCCCUGCUGGACCUGCCGGAUUUGCUGGACCUCCUGGUGCUGAUGGUCAGCCUGGUGCUAAGGGAGAGACUGGAGACACUGGACCCAAAGGAGAUGCUGGAGCCCCCGGCCCUUCUGGACCUGUGGGAGCUGCUGGACCUCAGGGACCUGCUGGACCCACUGGAGCCAAGGGUGCUCGUGGUGGUGCUGGACCUCCUGGUGCUACUGGUUUCCCUGGACCUGCUGGCAGAGUUGGACCCCCUGGCCCUGCUGGUGCUGCUGGCCCCCCUGGCCCCGGUGGACCCGUUGGCAAAGAUGGACCCAGAGGACCUCGUGGUGAGACUGGACCUGCUGGACGCCCUGGAGAGGUGGGAGGCAUUGGACCCGCUGGAAUAGCUGGAGAGAAGGGAUCCCCUGGCUCUGAUGGAGCUCCUGGUUCCCCUGGUCUGCCUGGACCUCAGGGUAUUGCUGGACAGCGCGGUAUUGUGGGUCUGCCCGGACAGCGUGGAGAGAGAGGUUUCACUGGUCUGCCCGGACCUGGAGGUGAGCCUGGAAAGCAGGGACCCGCUGGCCUUGUAGGAGAGCGUGGACCCCCAGGACCUGCUGGACCCCCUGGACUGUCUGGAGCCCCUGGAGAGGCUGGACGUGAGGGAUCCCAAGGUCACGAUGGUGCCCCUGGACGUGAUGGAUCUCCUGGACCCAAGGGAGACCGUGGAGAGAGUGGCAAUGCUGGACCCCCUGGACCUCCUGGUGCUCCUGGUGCCCCCGGAGCCGUUGGCCCCUCUGGCAAAUCUGGAGAUCGUGGAGAGACUGGUCCUGCUGGUAUUGCUGGUCCUGCUGGUCCUGCUGGCCAACGUGGACCUGCUGGCCCUGCUGGAGCUAAGGGAGACCGAGGAGAGGCUGGUGAGGCUGGAGAGAGAGGCCACAAGGGACACAGAGGAUUCUCUGGAAUGCAGGGUUUGCCUGGACCUGCUGGCCCCUCUGGAGAGAGAGGACCUGCUGGUACCUCUGGACCCGCUGGACCUAGAGGACCUGCUGGAUCCAACGGUUCCCCUGGUAAAGAUGGAGUGAAUGGCAUGCCCGGACCACUCGGACCUCCUGGACCUCGCGGUCGCAAUGGGGAGAUGGGACCUGCUGGACCUCCUGGACCUCCUGGACCCCCUGGACCCCCUGGACCCCCUGGCGGUGGAUUUGACUUUGUGAGCCAGCCUCUCCAGGAGAAGGGCCCUGAUCCUCUCCGCGGAGGACACUACCGUGCUGACGACCCCAAGGCCAUCGCUGACCGUGACACUGAGGUGGACACCACCCUCAAGACCCUCACCCAGAAGAUUGAAAAGAUCCGCAGCCCCGACGGCUCCCAGAAGAGCCCCAUCCGCAUGUGCCGUGACCUGAGGAUGUCCCACCCCGAGUGGAAGAGCGGAUCAUACUGGGUGGACCCCAACCAGGGCUCUCCUCUUGAUGCCAUCAAGGUUCACUGCAACAUGGAGACUGGAGAGACCUGCAUCUACCCCAGCCAGUCCACCAUCCCCAUGAAGAACUGGUACAUCAGCCAGAGCAGAGAGAAGAAGCACGUCUGGUUCAGCGAGUCCAUGACCGGUGGAUUCCAGUUCCAGUAUGGCAGUGAGGGCUCCGACCCAGAAGACGUCAGCAUUCAGAUGACCUUCAUGCGCCUGAUGUCCAACCAGGCAUCUCAGAACAUCACAUAUCACUGCAAGAACAGCAUCGCCUACACAGACGCUGCCACGGGCAACAGAAAGAAGGCUCUGCUGCUCCAGGGCUCCAACGACGUGGAGAUCAGAGCCGAGGGCAACAGCCGCUUCACCUACUCCGUCAGCGAGGAUGGCUGCACGUCACACACUGGCACAUGGGGCAAGACAGUCAUGGACUACAAGACAACAAAGACAUCUCGCCUGCCAAUCAUUGACAUUGCUCCUAUGGAUGUUGGUGCUCCCGAUCAGGAAUUUGGCGCUGAAAUCGGCCCUGUUUGCUUCUUGUAAAAAUGAACGAAAUAUGGACAUGAAAUUGUUGUUUUUUUCUAGCAGUUCAUCUCUAAAAUCCCCCCUUUCUGUGCAUUCAAACUCAUUCGGCUGCCUACGGUCAACAUGCUCUCAAAACCACUCUACAAAGGAUUGUUCAAUCAUGAGAAGUUUGGGGACUGCUACUUUUCUACCAAAAACCCAAGGACACUUUUUUUUUAAAAUGACACCUUUAUUUCCACUGGCAACAAGAAAAUAAUAUAUGGUUUUGUAUAUGAAAAAAUUCCCUUCGGAUAUUUUGAAAAAACAGAUGACCUUUGCCAUUUUUGCCCACCACUGCGGAAGGACAUUGAAAACAACAAAUAAAUUGUACCAUUUUUCUGGUGUUAAAUAAAUUGUAAAAAGUGUGAAGUGUCUUCUUGUUCUAAAUUUCCAAAACACCAAAAUGAUACCAGCAAGACAAAGGAAAUAUGUAGAUGGCUACCUCAAUACAAGAAGUCACCCCAAUAAUCACACAGUUUGCAACAUCCUAAGGUGCUCAGACCAGCUUAUAUUUGACAGUGGGUUUCUACUGUCAAUAUUGUAACUAUUUCACCAAUGCCUGCAGAACGUGGUGCUAUAAAUUUGACUUUUUGUUGUCUAUGCAGUGCAAUUUUGCCUUCUGACGUGUUGGUUUUGAGAAUGGAGGUCCUAUGCAAAGAUGUAAAGCAUGCAUCAUAUAUAUUUUGUAGAUACAACAACUCACCCUGGUUUAAAACUCCUAACUUUUCUGCCCACAUCUUGUCUGUUGUACCACUGUGGAAAUUCUCACUAAAAUAUCUUGCACACAUCUCUCCAUGUUGUUAAUGUUUGUUUCUUGAUGUCUUUUCGCGAAGGGUUUCUAGAAAAAAAGGAAAUUUGAAGCAGACCCACUUUCAUGGUUUUAAAGAGAGAUUCUGUACUUAUUUUGUACAUGUAUAAUAAAUCGAGAUGUUUUUAAUUAUUUUGGGUGCUGAAAUAAAGCAUGUGAAGUGGUCUA